CUGGACACUGAGCUCAGCCUCUGCUGGGCCUGCCCGUCAUGAGGACAGUUCUGGGCAUGCUGGGGCUGGCCCUGGCCUUCGGCUUCGUUCACACAACCCUGUCCAAGUCAGACGCCAAGAAAGCCGCCACAAAGACGCUGCUGGAGAAGACACAGCUGGCCGACAAGCCUGUGCAGGCGCGUGGCCUUGUGGUGACGGCCCCCCGGGCCGAGGACGUGGUCCUGGAGCACCGCAGCUACUGCGCCGCCCAGGCCCGUGAGAGGCACUUCCAGGGGCCCGUGCUGGGCUACGUCACCCCGUGGAACAGCCACGGCUACGACGUGGCCAGGACAUUCGGGGGCAAGUUCACACGGGUGUCGCCUGUCUGGCUGCAGCUGAAGCGCCGCGGCCGGGAGCUGUUUGAGGUCUCGGGCCUCCACGACGUAGACCAAGGUUGGAUGCGAGCAGUCCGGAAGAACAAAGGCCUGCGCGUCGUGCCUCGACUUCUGUUCGAGGACUGGACACUGGACGACUUCAGGAGCGUCGCCGACAGCGAGGAUGAGAUCGAGGAACUUGGCAAGACGCUGGUCCAGGUCGCCAAGAACCAGCACUUUGAUGGCUUCGUGGUGGAGGUCUGGACCCAGCUGUUAGGCCAGAAACAGGCGGGCCUGGUCCACAUGCUGACCCACAUGGCUGAGGCACUGCAGCAGGCCCACCUGCUCCUCCUGCUGGCCGUCCCACCUGCUGUCACCCCAGGGACACACCAGCUGGGCAUGUUCACCCAGCAGGAGUUCGAGCAGCUGGCCCCAAUGCUGGACGGCUUCAGCCUCAUGACCUACGACUACUCCACGGCCCAGCAGCCCGGCCCCAACGCACCUCUGUCCUGGGUGCGAGCCUGUGUCCAGGUCCUGGACCCCAAGUCUAAGUGGCGGAGUAAGAUCCUCCUGGGGCUCAACUUCUACGGCGUGGACUACUCGGCCUCCAGGGACGCCCGUGAGCCCGUUGUGGGGAGCAGGUACAUCCAGAUGCUGAAGGAACACAGGCCACAGCUCAUGUGGGAUGGCCAGGCCGCCGAGCAUGUCUUUGAGUACAAAAGAAGCCGAGGCGGGAGGCACGUUGUCUUCUACCCUACUCUGAAGUCUGUCCAGGUGCGGCUGGACCUGGCCCAAGAGCUGGGUGUUGGGCUCUCCAUCUGGGAGCUAGGCCAGGGCUUGGACUACUUCUACGACCUGCUGUGAGCAGCGCCCGGCCCGCCCAGGACAGCACAGGCUGGCCAGGACUCACUUCUAAGCUAUAGAGCGACGAGAAGGCCGCCUGGCGUUCACCUGUCUGUCUGCUGCACACCUGCCCCAAGCAAGGGGCAGGCCUCAGAGCCCCGAGCUUACCAGCUGAGCCCCUUCCCAAAGGGCAUCCAGUGGGCCUCUCCCAAUGGGGCCCAGAUCUGGGCUCAGCCCCUGGGACCCACAGCAGACGCCCAUCCAGCUGGGCCCUCCCACGGGAACCCAGCCCCACCCAGGAGGCAGUUGGGAGGGGGGUGCAACCUAGGGGUCAAUGCCCUGUAGAGCUGGCAGUCACCCCUUGGGAACUGACCGGGCAAGCCCUCCGCCAUACUCCUCAGGGUCCCUUGUGACCUGCAGCUUCGAGAAAUAAAUCUGGAAUCUGCUGGC